AUGUCAUCCGCCCCCGCGAAGAAGGAAUACCUCUGCAUCCUGCCGGAUAAGCCCGGCGCGCAGGCAAAGCGCCUCGAAGUGCGGCCCUCUCAUCUGGAGGGUGUGAAGCCCCUCGUUGCCGCAGGCUCUAUCGUCGUUGGCGACCCUGAAGCGGCAUACCUCCCGAUGACUGAUAAUGUUUUCGUUGCCAAUACUGACACGCGUCUUCGCACAGGUGCCAUGCUCGAGUCUCACCCCGCCGAGGGCGAGACUCCCGCCUUCAAGGGCAGCAUGAUGCUCGCCGUGGCCGAGAGCGAGGCCGAGGUGCGCGAGAUCCUGGAGAAGGACAUCUACACCACCAGUGGCGUGUGGGAUCUGGCCAAUGCCCAGAUUAUUCCGUUCAAGUCGGCGGUGCGCAAGGAGCUAUAG